AUGGUUUGGUCCAGUUUUGACCGGAAAACUGUCUUGACCAGAGACUGGAAUGGUGAUACUGAGUUCGUCGUCGGAGUCUGGGCAGACUCGUCUCGAUGCUCAAUAGGAAAAGGAGAAGGAGAAGGAGAAGGGGCAGAUUUUUCCUCUGGUAGACCUCGAGCUGGGAUAUCGACGGGGAGAUCGGCUGCUCUCGAACUCAAACGGAGAUCGAUGGAAGUCGGGCGACAGUCGCUAGAGGAGAAUUGGAAAAUGGAAAUGAUGGUGUCGUCUCGUGGUCGUGGUCAUCACUUGUCAAGAGCCGCUCCGUAG